AACCUUCUGUCUAUUCUCUCUAUAAGAGAAGUUCUUGCAGGUUUCAUUCAUUUGAUUAAGGAAAGAAGCAUAGGGAAAGAAGGGUGAAAAUGAAGAAGAUGGUUGAUAACACUGCCACAAAGAAUCAGCUUCCUCAUCAUCAAGUUUUCGACAUAGAUGUUAUCCCACACAGCGGAUCCAAGUGCUACGACGAUGAUGGCCGCCUCAAGAGAACUGGGACGGUUUGGACAGCAAGUGCUCACAUAAUAACAGCUGUGAUUGGAUCCGGGGUUUUGUCCUUGGCUUGGGCCACUGCUCAGCUAGGAUGGGUGGCUGGUCCUACUGUGAUGUUCUUGUUCUCUUUUGUGACAUACUAUACUUCCACACUCCUCUCUGCUUGUUAUCGUACAGGGGACCCGGUCAAUGGCAAAAGAAACUAUACUUAUAUGCACGCAGUUCGAUCCAACCUUGGUGUAUCAAAGGUCAAAAUAUGUGGGCUAGUCCAGUACCUAAACCUCUUUGGUGUUGCCAUUGGCUACACAAUAGCAUCUUCUAUAAGCAUGAUGGCAAUCAAAAGGUCUAAUUGCUUCCACAGCAGUGAUGACAAAGAUCCAUGCCAUGUCAAUAGCAACCCAUAUAUGAUUGCAUUUGGCAUUAUUCAAAUCAUAUUCUCUCAAAUACCUGACUUUGAUCAGCUAUGGUGGCUCUCCAUUGUCGCUGCUGUGAUGUCCUUCACUUACUCAACAAUUGGUCUAGCCCUUGGCAUCGCCAAAGUAGCAGAAAAUGGAAAGAUCAGCGGAAGUAUGACUGGAAUAAGUAUUGGCGCUGUGACUCAAACCCAAAAAAUAUGGAGAAGCUUCCAAGCUCUUGGGGACAUAGCUUUUGCAUACUCUUACUCCCUUAUCCUUAUUGAAAUUCAGGACACAGUUAAAUCACCACCAGCAGAGUCCAAAACAAUGAAGAAGGCAACUCUAGUCAGUGUUGGAGUCACAACCCUUUUCUACAUGCUUUGUGGUUGCAUGGGUUAUGCUGCUUUUGGAGACACUUCCCCUGGAAACCUUCUCACUGGUUUUGGCUUCUAUAAUCCAUUUUGGCUACUUGACAUAGCAAAUGCUGCCAUAGUAAUCCACCUUGUUGGUGCAUACCAAGUUUAUUGCCAACCCCUUUUCGCCUUCAUUGAGAAAGAAGCAGCAAACAGAUAUCCAGAUAGUGAUUUCAUCACCAAAGAUAUCAAAAUCCCAAUCCCCGGCUAUGGCCACUACAAACUUAACCGCUUCAGAUUGGUAUGGAGGUCAAUUUUUGUGGUUGCAACCACUGUGAUAUCAAUGCUUCUACCCUUCUUUAAUGACGUGGUUGGACUUCUUGGAGCUUUGGGAUUUUGGCCUCUCACAGUCUACUUCCCUGUGGAGAUGUACAUAGCGCAAAAGAAGAUACCAAAGUGGAGCACAAGAUGGCUUUGCCUUCAAAUUCUUAGUGUUGCUUGCCUUAUCAUUACCAUAGCUGCAGCUGCUGGAUCAAUUGCUGGAGUUGUUAUUGAUCUCAAGUCCUAUAAGCCCUUCGCAACCAGCUAUUAGGUUGAAGUUCAAUGCUAGCUACCAACCAUUGACCAAAAAUUCUAAACAAAGGAAAAGAAUUGGUCUUUAGGAUUUCAAUUCCUCUUCAUGUUCAUGUUCAUGUUCAUGUUCAUAACAAGCUUAUUUAAUGAGUGAAGUUAAUUUUCAUGGUUGUUGCUCAAUAGACUUCUGUUAGUUUUUACUAUUUUUCAUCAAGAAAGGAAAGGGCAAGGAUCUUGGAUGUAUUUAUGUGGAAUGAUAGCACUAAUUUCUAUCGCAA